UCGUCACUUCAUUGUUUGUACACGAGACUCGGUGUAAAACUCCAUUCAAGCUUAAAACCAAGCUAUAAAACAAAACGAAGAGAACCCAGAAAAAGUAACAAAACAAAAAAUGUACACAACCAACAAAUCUCCCCGAAUUUAGCUUUGUGACAUAACAGGUCACACAACCCACAAGCAUGGAGUACAAAAGGAUCCAAAAACCUCAGGGUGGAGGAUUGUCUCCAGGAAAGUUGAGGACUAUGCUUCUGGGAGUGGGAGUGGAGAGGAAGCGAAAGGAAGGAGAAGAGCUUCAAUCUGAUUUCACUUCCAGAUCUCAUUCUUUAGCUCAGAUUCAUGAUGCAGGUGGUGGUAUGGGUUCUGAUCAUUGCAAAGAUGUAGAUGUUGUGAGUGUUCUUCCUGAAUGUGCUGCUUCGAUUACAGCCGAUUCAUUAGGUUUGGAGAUAAUUAGUGACCGUAGAAUGAAAAAUAAUACAUUAGUAAAUUCGAGGAUUAGGACCCAAGAAGACCCUUCUUCUUUGGAUUAUGAUAGUGGCCAUGAUGGUAUGAGUGUGUCCUCGUCAGUUUUUGAGUUUCAGAAGGCUGAACGAGGUGCCCGGCGAGUUCCCCUUGGAUCAUUCUCUAAACCGGCGCCAUCCAAAUGGGAUGAUGCCCAGAAGUGGAUAGCGAGCCCGACUUCAAACCGGCCAAAGAUAGGUAAUGUUGGAUCACGAAAGGGAGGUAAUGUUGGUUAUGGGGGCUGGCAGCCGUCCACGAAGGUUGUUGUUGAAGUUCCAGAUCAAAGCGUGGUUGCUUUUGAAGAGCCUGAUACAAAGCGGAUUGAUACAACUCAAGCUAAGUUGGAGUGUGGGGGAAAUAAGUUUGUCAGUUGGGAGGCUGACCACCCAUAUCCAAGUGCAGAUUCAUAUGGCAAACCCAUCCUCAUGAUUGAGAACUCUGUUGGAGAGUCUGCAACAGUCAACCUCAGCCGGCAUGAUUCAUCUGUGGCCAUACAAAGUGCAACUACAUUUCUACCACCCCCCCCAACAGCUCGGUCUGUAUCAAUGAGAGAUAUGGGCACUGAAAUGACUCCUAUUGCAAGCCAAGAACCUUCCAGAACUGGAACUCCUGUGAGGGCAACAACACCAAUGCGCAGCCCAACUUCUUCUAGACCAUCUACUCCUGGCAGAGCUGCCCCAGCUUUGUCUCCAACUGAUCCACCAAAUGGCCAUCCAGAUACUCACAAGCAUGAGUUGUCCGAAAAGGAGCUACAAAUGAAAACUAGGAGAGAGAUAAUGGUCCUGGGGACACAGCUGGGUAAAAUGAACAUUGCUGCCUGGGCUAGCAAGGAGGAGGAGGAUAAGGAUGCGUCCACUUCGCUAAAAAAUAUAACAGGAGAAAAACCAGCUAAAAGUGUCAUUGAGACACGUGCAGCAGCUUGGGAGGACGCAGAGAAAGCCAAGUAUACGGCCAGGUUCAAACGUGAAGAGAUGAAGAUUCAGGCAUGGGAGAAUCAUCAAAAAGCUAAAACAGAAGCUGAAAUGAGGAAAAUUGAGGUAGAGGUUGAAAGGAUGAGGGGACAAGCGCAUGAUAGGCUUAUGAAUAAAUUAGCAGCUGCAAGGCACAAGGCUGAAGAAAAGCGAGCAGUGGCAGAAGCAAAGAGAAAUCAGGAAGCUGCAAAAACCGAGCAGCAAUCAGAAUAUAUUCGCCAAACUGGUCGCAUCCCAUCCUCGUUUACCUGUUGUGGUUGGUGCUUUUAAAAUUUGAAAUACCCUUUGUUGAGUAGGCUUUGCCUGUGUAUCUUGUCUUAAUUUUUUUGGCAUAUGCUUCGUGUAUAUCAUGUUCUUUAUCACAUAUCCUGUGCGUCUUAUAGAUCGUGUUGAUAUCAAACAAUCCUGGUGUAAAAACAAAGACCUAUUUUUGCUAAAGCUUAUGAAGAAAAUUUAAAGUACUUCAGAGAUCA